UCGCUCCUGCUGGAGCCGGCCGCCUCCAUGGCCUCCCGACAGGCCGGGCCGGGCCGCGGAAGGUCCUAGGAACCGGGAUUCCGGGAAGCAGGGAGCAUGGUGGGGGUCUUGGCCAUGGCGGCGGCAGCUGCUCCCCCUCCGGUGAAAGACUACGGGAAUGAGGCAAGCAAGAAGCGAGGGACAGUCGAUGACAGGACUUCUUGGAAAACAGUCCCCAAAUAUUUAUCACCAAUGGGGAAGACUGGAGACAGGGUUUUCUCUCCACCCAAAUCCAGUAAUAUUCUGGAUUAUUUUAGAAAGACUUUACCCACAAAUGAGAAAACUCAGACAGCAAAAAAGUACAAGAUAAAGUCAUCCACACCGUUGCCUGCUGACCGUGACAAAGACUGUAAAACACCUUUGGAAAUGUCCUCAAAUACAGAGAAUAAGAAGAGAGGAAAGAGACUUAAUUUAUCUCAUCAACUAAGUCAUAUUAAAACUGAAAAUGAAUCUGCAAUUGAAAUUAACAGUGAUGAUAGCAGGGAAGACUCCAGUUUAAGUAACAAUUUUGUGGAAAGUAGUACUUCUGCUUUACUCUAUAAGAAACAUGUCGAGGUACUUGCAGAAAGUAUUCAAGAUACCAAAAAACAAUCAAGCACUAUGACCUCCAAAGAAAGUUCUAAGAAAGUAAGUCCUAAACAAGAGCCCUCAAAAACUGAUCGCAGCAAAUUGAGGAAAAGGAAGCACAGAGAGAUAAUAGAUCUAUCUGGAAGUUUACCCUUAGCAGAGGAACUAAAUCUCCUUAAAAGAGAUGGUAAUGAUAGUAAACAGAUAAUGCCUUCCCUAACUAACGAAAUUGAAAAUACUGCAAAUGAUGCAGAAUCUAGAGAUAAUCUAACUAAAACAGCCCAGUUAAAUGAUAGUACAAUAACUGUCUCAUAUGAGGAAUUUUUAAAAAGUCACAACGGAAGUAAAGUAGAACAGGCACCAGACUCUACAGUGUCUAUUUGUAUUCCUUCUGAAACUGUUGACGAUGCAGCCAAAAGUGGUUGUAUGACUGACCCAGAAACCUAUGAGAUUUCCCAACAGGUCCGCUUUAAGACAGUCACUGUUGUUGCACAAGUUCACCCCAUCCCCCAAGAAAAGACAGGGCAAAUACCCUCAACUUUCUUGAAACAAAAGCAGGUGGAAAUGGAAAAUAGUCUGUCUCAUCCUAAGAAUGAACAGACGAUUCAGAAAAGAAGAUCUAAUGUCGUUAUAUAUGAGGAAGAACUAGAAUUGACAGUGUUGGAAGCUGGAGGUUCUGAAGCUGUGAAACCAAGAUGCACUCUAGAAGAAAGACAGCAGUUUAUGAAAGCAUUUAGGCAGCCAACAUCAGAUGCACUUAAACAUGGAGUCAAAAAGUCUUCUGAUAAGCAGAAAGAGCUCAAUGAAAAAUCUUUAAAUGAGGAAGGAAGAGACAAUAAUUCUAAAAACAUCAUGGAAAAUCCUAAUAUCCAAAUGGUUUCAAAUAAUGGCAAUUCACAGACACAUGCUGAUAAAGGAGGUUUUCCUAAGGAGAAAAGUAAAAAGCUGAAGAAAAAGAAUAAAAAAAUCUUAGAUACUGGUGCUAUUCCAGGUGAAAAUAGAGAGAGAAACAGUCAAGAGAAAGAAUCAACUUUUUCCUUUAAAGAGAAACAAAAUCAAAAAUGGCUUAGAAGGAUUUUAAGACAAAAGAAAACAGACGUUUUCAAAAACGGCACAUUACUUAACAGCAAAAACCUUGUUUGUGAAGGUGCAGCCGAUGAUGACCCUCCAAAAAUUUCCUCUCCGUGUAGCAAUAAGUCUCCAAGAAAAACUGGCAUACCAGUUAAGGAUAAGGUUAUACACUCUAAAGCUGAGACUGAAGACAGCUCGGUAUAUGUUUCUACACCUAAACAAAGCAGCAGCACACCUGCUACAGUCAUCGUUAGAGGUACUGAUUCUGAAGACGCACAAGACGAUAGUCCAGUAAAAGCUUCCACUCCAAAAGCAGCGAACUUACCAGGGAAGCGUAGCUUAUAUACGGCGGAAUUAAUAACAGUAUCCUCUGAUUCAGAGAGUCCUAUUAGAAUGAAAUUCACCAGAAUUAGGACUCCCAAAAAAUCUAAGAAAAGGUCUAAGAAAUCUGAAGCAGCUGAUGAAGAUUUUGAGUCUCCGACUAGAAAGGCAAGCAAGAAGCGAGGGACAGUCGAUGACAGGACUUCUUGGAAAACAGUCCCCAAAUAUUUAUCACCAAUGGGGAAGACUGGAGACAGGGUUUUCUCUCCACCCAAAUCCAGUAAUAUUCUGGAUUAUUUUAGAAAGACUUUACCCACAAAUGAGAAAACUCAGACAGCAAAAAAGUACAAGAUAAAGUCAUCCACACCGUUGCCUGCUGACCGUGACAAAGACUGUAAAACACCUUUGGAAAUGUCCUCAAAUACAGAGAAUAAGAAGAGAGGAAAGAGACUUAAUUUAUCUCAUCAACUAAGUCAUAUUAAAACUGAAAAUGAAUCUGCAAUUGAAAUUAACAGUGAUGAUAGCAAGGAAGACUCCAGUUUAAGUAACAAUUUUGUGGAAAGUAGUACUUCUGCUUUACUCUAUAAGAAACAUGUCGAGGUACUUGCAGAAAGUAUUCAAGAUACCAAAAAACAAUCAAGCACUAUGACCUCCAAAGAAAGUUCUAAGAAAGUAAGUCCUAAACAAGAGCCCUCAAAAACUGAUCUCAGCAAAUUGAGGAAAAGGAAUCACAGAGAGAUAAUAGAUCCAUCUGAUAGUUUACCCUUAGCAGAGGAACUAAAUCUCCUUAAAAGAGAUGGUAAUGAUAGUAAACAGAUAAUGCCUUCCCUAACUAACGAAAUUGAAAAUACUGCAAAUGAUGCAGAAUCUAGAGAUAAUCUAACUAAAACAGCCCAGUUAAAUGAUAGUACAAUAACUGUCUCAUAUGAGGAAUUUUUAAAAAGUCACAACGAAAGUAAAGUAGAACAGGCACCAGACUCUACAGUGUCUAUUUGUAUUCCUUCUGAAACUGUUGACGAUGCAGCCAAAAGUGGUUGUAUGACUGACCCAGAAACCUAUGAGAUUUCCCAACAGGUCCGCUUUAAGACAGUCACUGUUGUUGCACAAGUUCACCCCAUCCCCCAAGAAAAGACAGGGCAAAUACCCUCAACUUUCUUGAAACAAAAGCAGGUGGAAAUGGAAAAUAGUCUGUCUCAUCCUAAGAAUGAACAGACGAUUCAGAAAAGAAGAUCUAAUGUCGUUAUAUAUGAGGAAGAACUAGAAUUGACAGUGUUGGAAGCUGGAGGUUCUGAAGCUGUGAAACCAAGAUGCACUCUAGAAGAAAGACAGCAGUUUAUGAAAGCAUUUAGGCAGCCAACAUCAGAUGCACUUAAACAUGGAGUCAAAAAGUCUUCUGAUAAGCAGAAAGAGCUCAAUGAAAAAUCUUUAAAUGAGGAAGGAAGAGACAAUAAUUCUAAAAACAUCAUGGAAAAUCCUAAUAUCCAAAUGGUUUCAAAUAAUGGCAAUUCACAGACACAUGCUGAUAAAGGAGGUUUUCCUAAGGAGAAAAGUAAAAAGCUGAAGAAAAAGAAUAAAAAAAUCUUAGAUACUGGUGCUAUUCCAGGUGAAAAUAGAGAGAGAAACAGUCAAGAGAAAGAAUCAACUUUUUCCUUUAAAGAGAAACAAAAUCAAAAAUGGCUUAGAAGGAUUUUAAGACAAAAGAAAACAGACGUUUUCAAAAACGGCACAUUACUUAACAGCAAAAACCUUGUUUGUGAAGGUGCAGCCGAUGAUGACCCUCCAAAAAUUUCCUCUCCGUGUAGCAAUAAGUCUCCAAGAAAAACUGGCAUACCAGUUAAGGAUAAGGUUAUACACUCUAAAGCUGAGACUGAAGACAGCUCGGUAUAUGUUUCUACACCGAAACAAAGCAGCAGCACACCUGCUACAGUCAUCGUUAGAGGUACUGAUUCUGAAGACGCACAAGACGAUAGUCCAGUAAAAGCUUCCACUCCAAAAGCAGCGAACUUACCAGGGAAGCGUAGCUUAUAUACGGCGGAAUUAAUAACAGUAUCCUCUGAUUCAGAGAGUCCUAUUAGAAUGAAAUUCACCAGAAUUAGGACUCCCAAAAAAUCUAAGAAAAGGUCUAAGAAAUCUGAAGCAGCUGAUGAAGAUUUUGAGUCUCCGACUAGAAAGGCAAGCAAGAAGCGAGGGACAGUCGAUGACAGGACUUCUUGGAAAACAGUCCCCAAAUAUUUAUCACCAAUGGGGAAGACUGGAGACAGGGUUUUCUCUCCACCCAAAUCCAGUAAUAUUCUGGAUUAUUUUAGAAAGACUUUACCCACAAAUGAGAAAACUCAGACAGCAAAAAAGUACAAGAUAAAGUCAUCCACACCGUUGCCUGCUGACCGUGACAAAGACUGUAAAACACCUUUGGAAAUGUCCUCAAAUACAGAGAAUAAGAAGAGAGGAAAGAGACUUAAUUUAUCUCAUCAACUAAGUCAUAUUAAAACUGAAAAUGAAUCUGCAAUUGAAAUUAACAGUGAUGAUAGCAAGGAAGACUCCAGUUUAAGUAACAAUUUUGUGGAAAGUAGUACUUCUGCUUUACUCUAUAAGAAACAUGUCGAGGUACUUGCAGAAAGUAUUCAAGAUACCAAAAAACAAUCAAGCACUAUGACCUCCAAAGAAAGUUCUAAGAAAGUAAGUCCUAAACAAGAGCCCUCAAAAACUGAUCUCAGCAAAUUGAGGAAAAGGAAUCACAGAGAGAUAAUAGAUCCAUCUGAUAGUUUACCCUUAGCAGAGGAACUAAAUCUCCUUAAAAGAGAUGGUAAUGAUAGUAAACAGAUAAUGCCUUCCCUAACUAACGAAAUUGAAAAUACUGCAAAUGAUGCAGAAUCUAGAGAUAAUCUAACUAAAACAGCCCAGUUAAAUGAUAGUACAAUAACUGUCUCAUAUGAGGAAUUUUUAAAAAGUCACAACGAAAGUAAAGUAGAACAGGCACCAGACUCUACAGUGUCUAUUUGUAUUCCUUCUGAAACUGUUGACGAUGCAGCCAAAAGUGGUUGUAUGACUGACCCAGAAACCUAUGAGAUUUCCCAACAGGUCCGCUUUAAGACAGUCACUGUUGUUGCACAAGUUCACCCCAUCCCCCAAGAAAAGACAGGGCAAAUACCCUCAACUUUCUUGAAACAAAAGCAGGUGGAAAUGGAAAAUAGUCUGUCUCAUCCUAAGAAUGAACAGACGAUUCAGAAAAGAAGAUCUAAUGUCGUUAUAUAUGAGGAAGAACUAGAAUUGACAGUGUUGGAAGCUGGAGGUUCUGAAGCUGUGAAACCAAGAUGCACUCUAGAAGAAAGACAGCAGUUUAUGAAAGCAUUUAGGCAGCCAACAUCAGAUGCACUUAAACAUGGAGUCAAAAAGUCUUCUGAUAAGCAGAAAGAGCUCAAUGAAAAAUCUUUAAAUGAGGAAGGAAGAGACAAUAAUUCUAAAAACAUCAUGGAAAAUCCUAAUAUCCAAAUGGUUUCAAAUAAUGGCAAUUCACAGACACAUGCUGAUAAAGGAGGUUUUCCUAAGGAGAAAAGUAAAAAGCUGAAGAAAAAGAAUAAAAAAAUCUUAGAUACUGGUGCUAUUCCAGGUGAAAAUAGAGAGAGAAACAGUCAAGAGAAAGAAUCAACUUUUUCCUUUAAAGAGAAACAAAAUCAAAAAUGGCUUAGAAGGAUUUUAAGACAAAAGAAAACAGACGUUUUCAAAAACGGCACAUUACUUAACAGCAAAAACCUUGUUUGUGAAGGUGCAGCCGAUGAUGACCCUCCAAAAAUUUCCUCUCCGUGUAGCAAUAAGUCUCCAAGAAAAACUGGCAUACCAGUUAAGGAUAAGGUUAUACACUCUAAAGCUGAGACUGAAGACAGCUCGGUAUAUGUUUCUACACCGAAACAAAGCAGCAGCACACCUGCUACAGUCAUCGUUAGAGGUACUGAUUCUGAAGACGCACAAGACGAUAGUCCAGUAAAAGCUUCCACUCCAAAAGCAGCGAACUUACCAGGGAAGCGUAGCUUAUAUACGGCGGAAUUAAUAACAGUAUCCUCUGAUUCAGAGAGUCCUAUUAGAAUGAAAUUCACCAGAAUUAGGACUCCCAAAAAAUCUAAGAAAAGGUCUAAGAAAUCUGAAGCAGCUGAUGAAGAUUUUGAGUCUCCGACUAGAAAGGCAAGCAAGAAGCGAGGGACAGUCGAUGACAGGACUUCUUGGAAAACAGUCCCCAAAUAUUUAUCACCAAUGGGGAAGACUGGAGACAGGGUUUUCUCUCCACCCAAAUCCAGUAAUAUUCUGGAUUAUUUUAGAAAGACUUUACCCACAAAUGAGAAAACUCAGACAGCAAAAAAGUACAAGAUAAAGUCAUCCACACCGUUGCCUGCUGACCGUGACAAAGACUGUAAAACACCUUUGGAAAUGUCCUCAAAUACAGAGAAUAAGAAGAGAGGAAAGAGACUUAAUUUAUCUCAUCAACUAAGUCAUAUUAAAACUGAAAAUGAAUCUGCAAUUGAAAUUAACAGUGAUGAUAGCAAGGAAGACUCCAGUUUAAGUAACAAUUUUGUGGAAAGUAGUACUUCUGCUUUACUCUAUAAGAAACAUGUCGAGGUACUUGCAGAAAGUAUUCAAGAUACCAAAAAACAAUCAAGCACUAUGACCUCCAAAGAAAGUUCUAAGAAAGUAAGUCCUAAACAAGAGCCCUCAAAAACUGAUCUCAGCAAAUUGAGGAAAAGGAAUCACAGAGAGAUAAUAGAUCCAUCUGAUAGUUUACCCUUAGCAGAGGAACUAAAUCUCCUUAAAAGAGAUGGUAAUGAUAGUAAACAGAUAAUGCCUUCCCUAACUAACGAAAUUGAAAAUACUGCAAAUGAUGCAGAAUCUAGAGAUAAUCUAACUAAAACAGCCCAGUUAAAUGAUAGUACAAUAACUGUCUCAUAUGAGGAAUUUUUAAAAAGUCACAACGAAAGUAAAGUAGAACAGGCACCAGACUCUACAGUGUCUAUUUGUAUUCCUUCUGAAACUGUUGACGAUGCAGCCAAAAGUGGUUGUAUGACUGACCCAGAAACCUAUGAGAUUUCCCAACAGGUCCGCUUUAAGACAGUCACUGUUGUUGCACAAGUUCACCCCAUCCCCCAAGAAAAGACAGGGCAAAUACCCUCAACUUUCUUGAAACAAAAGCAGGUGGAAAUGGAAAAUAGUCUGUCUCAUCCUAAGAAUGAACAGACGAUUCAGAAAAGAAGAUCUAAUGUCGUUAUAUAUGAGGAAGAACUAGAAUUGACAGUGUUGGAAGCUGGAGGUUCUGAAGCUGUGAAACCAAGAUGCACUCUAGAAGAAAGACAGCAGUUUAUGAAAGCAUUUAGGCAGCCAACAUCAGAUGCACUUAAACAUGGAGUCAAAAAGUCUUCUGAUAAGCAGAAAGAGCUCAAUGAAAAAUCUUUAAAUGAGGAAGGAAGAGACAAUAAUUCUAAAAACAUCAUGGAAAAUCCUAAUAUCCAAAUGGUUUCAAAUAAUGGCAAUUCACAGACACAUGCUGAUAAAGGAGGUUUUCCUAAGGAGAAAAGUAAAAAGCUGAAGAAAAAGAAUAAAAAAAUCUUAGAUACUGGUGCUAUUCCAGGUGAAAAUAGAGAGAGAAACAGUCAAGAGAAAGAAUCAACUUUUUCCUUUAAAGAGAAACAAAAUCAAAAAUGGCUUAGAAGGAUUUUAAGACAAAAGAAAACAGACGUUUUCAAAAACGGCACAUUACUUAACAGCAAAAACCUUGUUUGUGAAGGUGCAGCCGAUGAUGACCCUCCAAAAAUUUCCUCUCCGUGUAGCAAUAAGUCUCCAAGAAAAACUGGCAUACCAGUUAAGGAUAAGGUUAUACACUCUAAAGCUGAGACUGAAGACAGCUCGGUAUAUGUUUCUACACCGAAACAAAGCAGCAGCACACCUGCUACAGUCAUCGUUAGAGGUACUGAUUCUGAAGACGCACAAGACGAUAGUCCAGUAAAAGCUUCCACUCCAAAAGCAGCGAACUUACCAGGGAAGCGUAGCUUAUAUACGGCGGAAUUAAUAACAGUAUCCUCUGAUUCAGAGAGUCCUAUUAGAAUGAAAUUCACCAGAAUUAGGACUCCCAAAAAAUCUAAGAAAAGGUCUAAGAAAUCUGAAGCAGCUGAUGAAGAUUUUGAGUCUCCGACUAGAAAGGCAAGCAAGAAGCGAGGGACAGUCGAUGACAGGACUUCUUGGAAAACAGUCCCCAAAUAUUUAUCACCAAUGGGGAAGACUGGAGACAGGGUUUUCUCUCCACCCAAAUCCAGUAAUAUUCUGGAUUAUUUUAGAAAGACUUUACCCACAAAUGAGAAAACUCAGACAGCAAAAAAGUACAAGAUAAAGUCAUCCACACCGUUGCCUGCUGACCGUGACAAAGACUGUAAAACACCUUUGGAAAUGUCCUCAAAUACAGAGAAUAAGAAGAGAGGAAAGAGACUUAAUUUAUCUCAUCAACUAAGUCAUAUUAAAACUGAAAAUGAAUCUGCAAUUGAAAUUAACAGUGAUGAUAGCAAGGAAGACUCCAGUUUAAGUAACAAUUUUGUGGAAAGUAGUACUUCUGCUUUACUCUAUAAGAAACAUGUCGAGGUACUUGCAGAAAGUAUUCAAGAUACCAAAAAACAAUCAAGCACUAUGACCUCCAAAGAAAGUUCUAAGAAAGUAAGUCCUAAACAAGAGCCCUCAAAAACUGAUCUCAGCAAAUUGAGGAAAAGGAAUCACAGAGAGAUAAUAGAUCUAUCUGAUAGUUUACCCUUAGCAGAGGAACUAAAUCUCCUUAAAAGAGAUGGUAAUGAUAGUAAACAGAUAAUGCCUUCCCUAACUAACGAAAUUGAAAAUACUGCAAAUGAUGCAGAAUCUAGAGAUAAUCUAACUAAAACAGCCCAGUUAAAUGAUAGUACAAUAACUGUCUCAUAUGAGGAAUUUUUAAAAAGUCACAACGAAAGUAAAGUAGAACAGGCACCAGACUCUACAGUGUCUAUUUGUAUUCCUUCUGAAACUGUUGACGAUGCAGCCAAAAGUGGUUGUAUGACUGACCCAGAAACCUAUGAGAUUUCCCAACAGGUCCGCUUUAAGACAGUCACUGUUGUUGCACAAGUUCACCCCAUCCCCCAAGAAAAGACAGGGCAAAUACCCUCAACUUUCUUGAAACAAAAGCAGGUGGAAAUGGAAAAUAGUCUGUCUCAUCCUAAGAAUGAACAGACGAUUCAGAAAAGAAGAUCUAAUGUCGUUAUAUAUGAGGAAGAACUAGAAUUGACAGUGUUGGAAGCUGGAGGUUCUGAAGCUGUGAAACCAAGAUGCACUCUAGAAGAAAGACAGCAGUUUAUGAAAGCAUUUAGGCAGCCAACAUCAGAUGCACUUAAACAUGGAGUCAAAAAGUCUUCUGAUAAGCAGAAAGAGCUCAAUGAAAAAUCUUUAAAUGAGGAAGGAAGAGACAAUAAUUCUAAAAACAUCAUGGAAAAUCCUAAUAUCCAAAUGGUUUCAAAUAAUGGCAAUUCACAGACACAUGCUGAUAAAGGAGGUUUUCCUAAGGAGAAAAGUAAAAAGCUGAAGAAAAAGAAUAAAAAAAUCUUAGAUACUGGUGCUAUUCCAGGUGAAAAUAGAGAGAGAAACAGUCAAGAGAAAGAAUCAACUUUUUCCUUUAAAGAGAAACAAAAUCAAAAAUGGCUUAGAAGGAUUUUAAGACAAAAGAAAACAGACGUUUUCAAAAACGGCACAUUACUUAACAGCAAAAACCUUGUUUGUGAAGGUGCAGCCGAUGAUGACCCUCCAAAAAUUUCCUCUCCGUGUAGCAAUAAGUCUCCAAGAAAAACUGGCAUACCAGUUAAGGAUAAGGUUAUACACUCUAAAGCUGAGACUGAAGACAGCUCGGUAUAUGUUUCUACACCGAAACAAAGCAGCAGCACACCUGCUACAGUCAUCGUUAGAGGUACUGAUUCUGAAGACGCACAAGACGAUAGUCCAGUAAAAGCUUCCACUCCAAAAGCAGCGAACUUACCAGGGAAGCGUAGCUUAUAUACGGCGGAAUUAAUAACAGUAUCCUCUGAUUCAGAGAGUCCUAUUAGAAUGAAAUUCACCAGAAUUAGGACUCCCAAAAAAUCUAAGAAAAGGUCUAAGAAAUCUGAAGCAGCUGAUGAAGAUUUUGAGUCUCCGACUAGAAAGGCAAGCAAGAAGCGAGGGACAGUCGAUGACAGGACUUCUUGGAAAACAGUCCCCAAAUAUUUAUCACCAAUGGGGAAGACUGGAGACAGGGUUUUCUCUCCACCCAAAUCCAGUAAUAUUCUGGAUUAUUUUAGAAAGACUUUACCCACAAAUGAGAAAACUCAGACAGCAAAAAAGUACAAGAUAAAGUCAUCCACACCGUUGCCUGCUGACCGUGACAAAGACUGUAAAACACCUUUGGAAAUGUCCUCAAAUACAGAGAAUAAGAAGAGAGGAAAGAGACUUAAUUUAUCUCAUCAACUAAGUCAUAUUAAAACUGAAAAUGAAUCUGCAAUUGAAAUUAACAGUGAUGAUAGCAAGGAAGACUCCAGUUUAAGUAACAAUUUUGUGGAAAGUAGUACUUCUGCUUUACUCUAUAAGAAACAUGUCGAGGUACUUGCAGAAAGUAUUCAAGAUACCAAAAAACAAUCAAGCACUAUGACCUCCAAAGAAAGUUCUAAGAAAGUAAGUCCUAAACAAGAGCCCUCAAAAACUGAUCUCAGCAAAUUGAGGAAAAGGAAUCACAGAGAGAUAAUAGAUCCAUCUGAUAGUUUACCCUUAGCAGAGGAACUAAAUCUCCUUAAAAGAGAUGGUAAUGAUAGUAAACAGAUAAUGCCUUCCCUAACUAACGAAAUUGAAAAUACUGCAAAUGAUGCAGAAUCUAGAGAUAAUCUAACUAAAACAGCCCAGUUAAAUGAUAGUACAAUAACUGUCUCAUAUGAGGAAUUUUUAAAAAGUCACAACGAAAGUAAAGUAGAACAGGCACCAGACUCUACAGUGUCUAUUUGUAUUCCUUCUGAAACUGUUGACGAUGCAGCCAAAAGUGGUUGUAUGACUGACCCAGAAACCUAUGAGAUUUCCCAACAGGUCCGCUUUAAGACAGUCACUGUUGUUGCACAAGUUCACCCCAUCCCCCAAGAAAAGACAGGGCAAAUACCCUCAACUUUCUUGAAACAAAAGCAGGUGGAAAUGGAAAAUAGUCUGUCUCAUCCUAAGAAUGAACAGACGAUUCAGAAAAGAAGAUCUAAUGUCGUUAUAUAUGAGGAAGAACUAGAAUUGACAGUGUUGGAAGCUGGAGGUUCUGAAGCUGUGAAACCAAGAUGCACUCUAGAAGAAAGACAGCAGUUUAUGAAAGCAUUUAGGCAGCCAACAUCAGAUGCACUUAAACAUGGAGUCAAAAAGUCUUCUGAUAAGCAGAAAGAGCUCAAUGAAAAAUCUUUAAAUGAGGAAGGAAGAGACAAUAAUUCUAAAAACAUCAUGGAAAAUCCUAAUAUCCAAAUGGUUUCAAAUAAUGGCAAUUCACAGACACAUGCUGAUAAAGGAGGUUUUCCUAAGGAGAAAAGUAAAAAGCUGAAGAAAAAGAAUAAAAAAAUCUUAGAUACUGGUGCUAUUCCAGGUGAAAAUAGAGAGAGAAAUAGUCAAGAGAAAGAAUCAACUUUUUCCUUUAAAGAGAAACAAAAUCAAAAAUGGCUUAGAAGGAUUUUAAGACAAAAGAAAACAGACGUUUUCAAAAACGGCACAUUACUUAACAGCAAAAACCUUGUUUGUGAAGGUGCAGCCGAUGAUGACCCUCCAAAAAUUUCCUCUCCGUGUAGCAAUAAGUCUCCAAGAAAAACUGGCAUACCAGUUAAGGAUAAGGUUAUACACUCUAAAGCUGAGACUGAAGACAGCUCGGUAUAUGUUUCUACACCGAAACAAAGCAGCAGCACACCUGCUACAGUCAUCGUUAGAGGUACUGAUUCUGAAGACGCACAAGACGAUAGUCCAGUAAAAGCUUCCACUCCAAAAGCAGCGAACUUACCAGGGAAGCGUAGCUUAUAUACGGCGGAAUUAAUAACAGUAUCCUCUGAUUCAGAGAGUCCUAUUAGAAUGAAAUUCACCAGAAUUAGGACUCCCAAAAAAUCUAAGAAAAGGUCUAAGAAAUCUGAAGCAGCUGAUGAAGAUUUUGAGUCUCCGACUAGAAAGGCAAGCAAGAAGCGAGGGACAGUCGAUGACAGGACUUCUUGGAAAACAGUCCCCAAAUAUUUAUCACCAAUGGGGAAGACUGGAGACAGGGUUUUCUCUCCACCCAAAUCCAGUAAUAUUCUGGAUUAUUUUAGAAAGACUUUACCCACAAAUGAGAAAACUCAGACAGCAAAAAAGUACACGAUAAAGUCAUCCACACCGUUGCCUGCUGACAGUGACAAAGACUGUAAAACACCUUUGGAAAUGUCCUCAAAUACAGAGAAUAAGAAGAGAGGAAAGAGACUUAAUUUAUCUCAUCAACUAAGUCAUAUUAAAACUGAAAAUGAAUCUGCAAUUGAAAUUAACAGUGAUGAUAGCAAGGAAGACUCCAGUUUAAGUAACAAUUUUGUGGAAAGUAGUACUUCUGCUUUACUCUAUAAGAAACAUGUCGAGGUACUUGCAGAAAGUAUUCAAGAUACCAAAAAACAAUCAAGCACUAUGACCUCCAAAGAAAGUUCUAAGAAAGUAAGUCCUAAACAAGAGCCCUCAAAAACUGAUCUCAGCAAAUUGAGGAAAAGGAAUCACAGAGAGAUAAUAGAUCUAUCUGAAAGUUUACCCUUAGCAGAGGAACUAAAUCUCCUUAAAAGAGAUGGUAAUGAUAGUAAACAGAUAAUGCCUUCCCUAACUAACGAAAUUGAAAAUACUGCAAAUGAUGCAGAAUCUAGAGAUAAUCUAACUAAAACAGCCCAGUUAAAUGAUAGUACAAUAACUGUCUCAUAUGAGGAAUUUUUAAAAAGUCACAACGAAAGUAAAGUAGAACAGGCACCAGACUCUACAGUGUCUAUUUGUAUUCCUUCUGAAACUGUUGACGAUGCAGCCAAAAGUGGUUGUAUGACUGACCCAGAAACCUAUGAGAUUUCCCAACAGGUCCGCUUUAAGACAGUCACUGUUGUUGCACAAGUUCACCCCAUCCCCCAAGAAAAGACAGGGCAAAUACCCUCAACUUUCUUGAAACAAAAGCAGGUGGAAAUGGAAAAUAGUCUGUCUCAUCCUAAGAAUGAACAGACGAUUCAGAAAAGAAGAUCUAAUGUCGUUAUAUAUGAGGAAGAACUAGAAUUGACAGUGUUGGAAGCUGGAGGUUCUGAAGCUGUGAAACCAAGAUGCACUCUAGAAGAAAGACAGCAGUUUAUGAAAGCAUUUAGGCAGCCAACAUCAGAUGCACUUAAACAUGGAGUCAAAAAGUCUUCUGAUAAGCAGAAAGAGCUCAAUGAAAAAUCUUUAAAUGAGGAAGGAAGAGACAAUAAUUCUAAAAACAUCAUGGAAAAUCCUAAUAUCCAAAUGGUUUCAAAUAAUGGCAAUUCACAGACACAUGCUGAUAAAGGAGGUUUUCCUAAGGAGAAAAGUAAAAAGCUGAAGAAAAAGAAUAAAAAAAUCUUAGAUACUGGUGCUAUUCCAGGUGAAAAUAGAGAGAGAAACAGUCAAGAGAAAGAAUCAACUUUUUCCUUUAAAGAGAAACAAAAUCAAAAAUGGCUUAGAAGGAUUUUAAGACAAAAGAAAACAGACGUUUUCAAAAACGGCACAUUACUUAACAGCAAAAACCUUGUUUGUGAAGGUGCAGCCGAUGAUGACCCUCCAAAAAUUUCCUCUCCGUGUAGCAAUAAGUCUCCUAGAAAAACUGGCAUACCAGUUAAGGAUAAGGUUAUACACUCUAAAGCUGAGACUGAAGACAGCUCAGUAUAUGUUUCUACACCAAAAUGAAGCAGAAGAUGUGUAAGAAGUAGCAGCACACCUGCUACAGUCAUCGUUAGAGGUACUGAUUCUGAAGACGCACAAGACGAUAGUCCAGUAAAAGCUUCCACU